AUGCCACUGUGCGCAACCACGAGGCACAGCAAUAUACCCUUUGGGAACAUCGAGCCACAGCUAUCGCGGCUCGCCGUCUUCUUUAUGAUUGUCCACAAUCGACAUAUCCACCUCUUCAAUUCGUUUCGCGACUUGCCGCCAAGGUUAACAGACCGAUCGAGCGAGCAGGACGAGAAGAAUGGAAGUGGGCGGACGUUCGUAGCAGCAACUCGGCUAGCAGCCUGCUUGCUUCCUGGUAACGCACUUCAUUGGACCAUGUUCGACGUGAUUCAGAACAAAUGGAGAUUUCGGGUGAGCAAGACAGUGAGCCCAGUUGGGGAGCUCAGAGCCGUUCCCGUACCAGUGGCAUUACCGCCAGUUCCCGUCCCAGUUCUGGGUCACCGACCAGCCCGGAAGAGCGACUACAAGUGCGGGCACACCAGCCAGGGCAGACAGAGCAGGGGGCUGGCAGGCAUCAUGGGGGGGCAGGGACAUGGCUCCAUCCGCACGCGGCCUGGAAGCAACACAGGCCCAGACAAGAGCUCAGGAGAGGGUACCCGGGCGGCAUCUCAGUGGUGCAGGAUGGGUGCCCUGGCCCAUUACCCCCUGGGCUUACUGAGGGGCGAACCUGCUGACCGGCCCAUCAUCAUCCAUUGCCAUGAUAUUCGCCGGAAGCUUGCAGAGCAGUGGGCCAAACGGGCAUGA